CCAGAACAUGAAAAGUGUCACUGAUAAAGGUCUUCAUCUUGGAUUUGGGGUUGCUGGAUUAGGGAUGCUUGCACACACACAAAGAUGUGCGUAUAUGCCACCUCACCAGUGUGGAGGUCAAAGGACAACUUUUGGGAGUUGGUUCUCUCCUACCAUUUGGUGCCCUCGGGUCAAACUCAGGUCAGUCAGCCUUAGCGGCAAGCAUCUUUACCCACUGAGCCAUCUUGUUGGCCCCAACUGUUUCUUCAGUCAAUGAUGAGCAGCAGAAUGUUAAAGGGAUUCCCAGGCUUGUUCCUGAAGGGAGUGGAGCUCAGCAAAAGUGAGUCUGUACCCAGCUCCCGUGCACUGCUUUCAAGCUGAGCAAGUCUUCCACCCUGUGGAAAAGCAUAGGUUCCUGGAAAUGUAAGGGAUGCAGUCUCCUGGCCAAAGGGUAGAUGGAACUCUUUGGUAUAGCCAUGUCUGAGUAACUGAGUUGAAUUCUCUGAGGGGGAAAAAUACUCGCUGUGGGAAAGACAGAAGCAAAGUAGGGCAAGCUACUUAGACUUUCAGGAAGUCCUUGGCUGGAUUUCUUUGUGGCUAUGAGACCGUGGUUGUGUCACCGUGGGACUGGGAGAAGAGCCGGCAGAGAGGAAGGCGGUGGGAACGUUGCUCUGUGUGGAGUGAGGGCGCCGAGCUCGGGGAGCGGUAGACCGACCUCAGAGGAGUGCUCAUAAGAGAUGGGCGGGAGAAUAGGAGAGGUGGAAAUGUGACAAGCUUUGGAGAGGAUGGCACAGCAUGGAUGCCAUGCUUCAGACCCCGGGAAAAGCCAUGGACAAGUAAGGAUGCCCAGGGUUCAGGACCUGCAGUUAGAACGAGAGAUGGCAUUGGCCACCAACCGGAGCCUGGCAGAGCAGAACCUGGAGUUCCAAGGUCCCCUGGAAAUCAGCCGCUCUAACCUUUCAGACAAAUACCAGGAGCUGCGGAAGCUUGUGGAGCGGUGCCAGGAGCAGAAAGCCAAGCUGGAGAAAUUUUCCUCAGCACUGCAGCCCGCCACCUUGUUGGACCUUCUGCAGAUUGAAGGGAUGAAGAUUGAGGAGGAGUCUGAGGCCAUGGCUGAGAAGUUCCUGGAGGGUGAGGUGCCCUUGGAAACGUUCUUAGAGUCCUUUUCCUCCAUGAGGACACUGCUGCACCUGCGCCGAGUUCGUGUAGAGAAGCUUCAGGAUGUGGUGAGGCGGCCCCGCGCUUUGGCAGAGCUGGCCGGAGAUGCCCCUCCAAAGCGCCCGCCGCCCCCUCGCCCAGCACCCCAGGCGACACCCCCUGCGACUGAAGAACAGCCUCCGCAGCCCUCUGUCGUGACUCCCUACCCUUUGCCCUACAGCCCAUCCCCAGGCUUGUCUGUGGGCCCUACAGCCCAGGGAGCCCUGCAGCCAGCCCCCUUCCCUGUAGUGGCUCAGCCUUCCUCCUAUGGUGGGCCUCUGGGUCCUUCCUACCCAUCACCUCAGCCAGGACCAAGGACCACUAUGGGCUACUCUUGGUCUCCACAGAGGAGUGUGCCACCCCAGCCUGGCUAUCCUGUUGCUUCAACUAGCACCCCUGGUCCAGGAUAUCCCUUAAUGGGGGGCCGAACUCCUGGUCCUGGUUACCCCCAGCAGUCCCCCUACCUCUCAUCAGGAAGCAAACCUCCCUACCCAACACAACCUCAGCUGCCAGGCUUCCCAGGACAGCCCCAGCCUCCAGUGCCCCCUCAACCUCCAUACCCUACCGGGCCAACCCCUCCUUAUGGCUUUCACCCUCCAGGGCCUGCCUGGCCUAGAUAUUAGACCUGGUCCCUGUCCACCUUCUUCCUUCUUCCUGCACCAUAGCCUUUGGCCUCCAUUUGCUGAGAUUCGAGGUUAACACUGGAAGUGGAGCUGAUGCUCCGUGCAGAGUUGGGAACACACAGGUCCCCCUGAAAGGCCCCGGACAGUGUGGCAUGGGUCCUUCUGGGAUCUCCUCCUGCCAGGGAACAGCUCAGCACAUCCUGAGGUGGCCUGGCGGGAGCCCAGGGCUCUCCUGUGUCUGCAUGAGCAAGCGUGUUCAUGUCUUUGCACAGCUGCCUGCACUUGCUCACUGACAGAUGAACCAGUGCAGAGUGACCUUGGUAGCAGGUUGGCCCUGGGUCUUAGACCCUGCUCAUCCAGGCUCUCCCUUGGAACUUGGCAUGUCUCGUGUGGAGCCACUUGCCAAGCAACACAGCUCUGUCCAUUUAAGGAUGGUCUAAGUUACCACAGUUGGGUCAGAGGAAAGAAUGGUUAGGAAAAACAGGGACUAUGAGUCCUAAAAGCCAUAAUUUAGCUGCGUGCCAAUGUCAGGCAAAUGUGUCCUUUUUGGUGGUUGGAUUCACAGCAGCACUGGUAUGAGGAAUGCGAAGGGAAACCCAGGCCUCAAUUUUAUGGUUGGCUGUCCUAGGCGUCACUCUGGAGUCCCUGGCUGGAGUAGAGGACCAGGUUUACCUCCCAGCCACUUCUCACUCCUGGAUCCUCCACUUCCGGCUGGCUUUUUCUGAGGUUCAUCUACCCACUCCUUUUAGUGCCUUGAAUCUCAUUGGCUAGCAGCCCCUCUGUCCUCCUGUGUAAUUCCUUCCUGCCCAGUGUCCCUGCAGAACAGGCACCAGACCUGCCCUUCCAGAAGGUCCCAAUGGUGCUUCCCAGAUAUCACUACAUUGGGGUUGGUUUCUCUUCACUCUUGUCUUUAGAAUGUAAAGGGUAGGGACUGUGAGUGCAGCCCCAGCACUCAAAGGGGCUGAAGCCUGUUUAGUAAUAAAAGUGACUACACUAUACCAAAGGGGUUGCAGGGGACGAUGGGUCAGUGUGGAUGGGCCAGAUGUGAACCAGGUCUCAGGAUGGACCUUGGAGCUGCUACGGGUUAGGAAGUUGUAUGUGCCUUGAAAUAUCCCCUGCUUGGGUACCCAGCCUCUGGUGGGCCAAGGUGCUGGGGGUCAAGGAGGAACCCCAUCUUCUGGUGCCACCCCGCCCACAGGCCACGGAUGCAUUACCAACUCUGCUUGCUUCUCCUGAGUUAUUUAUAAUGAAUCACUAAUGGAGUCUGUGGUUGACUGCUGCUGAAGUGGAUGAUGACCACCCGUUUGUUUGUGUAAUUGCCAUAAUAAACGUUGAUGAGUUC